GAGUUUGCUUUGCCCUGUGGGAACACCUAGUUCCUGUCACAGCAACCGGGCUGUGAGGCGUAUAAAAAAAGCCGGCCGGCUCUUACUUCCACUAACUCUGAGUGUGUGUGAGUGAGUGUGUGUGUGAGUGUGUGUGUGUGUGUGAGAGAGAGUUUGUAUAUUAUCAUGGCCAAAAAGCAGGCUCAGGCGUUAAGGGGUACGCAAGAAAAGAAUUCCAAAAUAAUCAAGGACCAGAAUGGAGGAAAAGUUCAGCUAAGGAAGAAGGUGACGCUGCUGCGUGGGAUCUCCAUCAUCAUCGGGACCAUCAUUGGAGCUGGAAUCUUCAUCUCACCCAAGGGAAUCCUAGAGAACUCUGGCAGUGUAGGAAUGUCCCUGGUGAUAUGGGUGGCUUGUGGGAUUCUCUCGUUAUUUGGUGCUCUGUCCUACGCUGAGUUGGGAACCUGCAUUACGAAGUCCGGUGGUCAUUACACCUACAUUAUGGAGGCGUUCGGCCCACAAAUGGCUUUCGUGCGAUUAUGGGUGGACAUCAUCGCUAUUCGGCCUGCGGCAAUGGCUGUGAUUUCUCUGGCGUUCGGCCGGUACGUCUUGGAGCCGAUUUUUAUGCCGUGUGGCGUGCCUGUGGCCGCAAUCAAGCUCGCUACAGCGAUCGGACUCACUGUGGUCAUGUACCUCAACAGUACGAGUGUGAGCUGGACAGCCAGGCUGCAGAUCUUCCUCACAUUCAGUAAACUUCUCGCCACGUCCAUCAUCAUCGUCCCCGGAUGCUAUCAGCUGUUCAGAGGUGAGACCAAAAACUUCCAGAAUGCAUUUCAGGUGGACUCUGUGAAGCUGUCUGGCCUUCCUCUGGCCUUCUACUCAGGGAUGUAUGCUUACACUGGCUGGUUUUACUUGAAUUUUGUCACAGAGGAGGUGGAUCGUCCAGAGAGAACCGUCCCAUUGGCCAUUUGCAUCUCCAUGGUGAUAGUAACCGUAUGCUACACGCUGACCAACAUUGCUUAUUACACUGUGAUGUCAGCGGAGGAGCUGCUCGCCUCAAGUGCCGUCGCCGUGACCUUUGCUGAGAAAGUUUAUGGGAAUUUCUCCAUCGCAGUUCCCAUCUUCGUGGCCCUUUCCUGCUUUGGUUCUAUGAAUGGAGGCAUUUUUGCCAUCUCCAGAAUGUUUUACGUGGCUUCUCGAGAAGGACAUCUUCCUGAAGUUCUGUCUAUGGUUCAUGUCCGCCGUCACACUCCGGUAGCUGCUGUAAUUGUUCUGUAUCCCCUCACCAUGCUCUUUCUGUUCGUCGGAGACCUCUACAGCUUGCUGAACUUCAUGAGCUUCCUGCGCUGGUUCUUCAUCGGGCUGGCCGUGGUCGGACUCAUCUACAUGCGCCAUACGCGACCCGAAAUGCCACGUCCUUUCAAGGUCCCAAUCUUCAUCCCGGCAGUUUUCUCCUUCACCUGCUUCUUCAUGGUCUUCCUCUCGUUCUACUCCGAUCCAGUCAACACAGGGAUUGGAUUUGCCAUCACGCUCACGGGAUUUCCAGCCUACUACAUCUUCAUCGUUUUUGAUAGAAAGCCCAAGUGGUUCCAAAAACUCUCAGAUUCUGCCAACAGAUCCUUACAAAUCAUCUUGGAGGUGAUCCCUGCCGAGAUCUGACCUUUCCAGACACCGCUCAUGCAUCACUCGGUCUUUCAUUUUGUCUCUCUUAUAGAACAUGCUCCCUUCAUCCUGCUCUCAUUUUCAUUCCUCUUUUAUGUUUUAUAGAAAACACUCCUCCGAGUGACCGCUUCUUAAUCCAUCACUCCACAAGGCAGGAAUGAGAGAGACCUUUCGGUGCUCUUGCAAGAAAAAAAAAAAAAAACCCACACUUUCGCUCUCUCGGUCCUCACUAUGCAGUCGUGUACAAGACAUUUCACUGUUUAGCCGUGAGUUGUAUUAGUUCAUGGUCAGUUUGGAAUAUCAGAUGUUCUUUGAGUGACUAGCAAAGAACAGAGAACGUUCGAUAAGUCAAUGUUCAAUAAGUAGUCAUCAGGUUCUAACAUUACAACUAAAAUGUAGCAUCAGUGUUAAAGUGCCUACUAAAAACUUUCCAGCAGUGUUCUCAGAACACACCGUUUUGUAUUUUUUUGUACCGCAACAUUCAAGAAAACAAUCUAAAACGGUUAGCUGGUUUGGAGAUAGCAUGUGUGCCAUGUGUGAUUUGGGUUGGUACAUUCUUAGAAAAACAAGGGGUUCCUCAGAUGUUCUUCGGAUGGCUAAGAGUCCCAGCUUUCUCAGAAGGUUCCACAUCGACCCUGUCAUAAAAGGGGAAAUCUCUGUCAAGUUAUAUGCACUUUUAAGGGUUAACUUUUCUGGGUUCUCCCAGAAGGACCAGCGUUUUUUGUAACUAGAGUGUAUAUUAAUCUAUGUUGGGGAAAAUAGGGUUCCAGAAGGAAUGGGUUUCUUAAGACAUUGUACUUGGAAUCUUUUUUGAAAGAUAAAUUGCACCCCCCAAUUCCCAAUCUGUAUAACUUAAAACGGUUAGCUGAUUUGUAGAUGACUUGGGUUGGUACAUUCUUAGAAAUGGGUUCCUCGGGGGUCCUUCUCAACUUCUCAAGAGGUUCUACUUGGAAACUUUAUUGAACCAGAACCUCUUUGUUGUAGGGCUCUACAUAGAACUAUUAAAAGUUUUCCCAGAACUACAAAUUGAAGAACUUCUUAAGGAGUUCUUUGACCUUUUAUUUGCCUAGAGCGUAUCUUAAGCUGUGUUGGAACUCUAUUAGAAGGUUAACAUGGAACAAAUGGGAAAACUGAAGAACCGAUGGUUCUCAUUGUCCAUAUGCUCUGGAAUGAUGGAUACGCUCCCAACAGUGUUUUUGAAAUUCCCACAAAGGUUGAACUUUUUUUUUUUUUUAAACAGGGAACCAUUUACUGUAGGGUGCUACAAAGAACCAUUAAGAGUUCCUCUAAAAGGAGAAACUGAAUAAAAAAAAAAUGCUUUAGGGGGUUAGAAUGACCUUGCAUUCACGUUGAGUGUACCUUAAGCAGUAUUUGUACAUUAUUAUUAUUUUAUAAAGCAGAAUUUUAUGACGUUUUACCUCUAAAGGUUCCUCCAAUCGGGACAAACAGAAGAACAUUCGGAGAUGGUAGAUUUUCUAGGAAUGUACCAAAGUCUUCACGAGCCCAGCUGGUUCUCAAACUCCACAUGUUCUGAUGACUUUUCCCAAAAUUUAAAACCAUAUCUCAGACAUGAGAAGAAAAAAAAAAAAAAUCCAGUUCUGUACAGACAAUGCAAUCAAAGUGUCUAUAAUACUUAAAGUAGACUGUUCAGAAAUAGCUCUAAGUAAUUUAAUUACACUUGUUAUAUAUGACAGGUUCAUAUACGACGCUGGCUGAAAGCAGCAGCAGGAUGCAUUCGGCUCCCGCAUUAACCUGGCUCGGAUCGGCAUAAUUGUGGAGAAAAUGAUUGAUCCCACAUGUCCUGCGGUGCAAAGCUGAACUUUACUGCUUUCUAAUAUGGACGUGAUGAAUUGGUGAUUAAUCAGAAUAAAGAAGAAGAAGAAGAAGAAAAAAAAAAAACGUAGUCGCUAGCUUCAGUCGUGUGUACGCUAACGUGUAAUGAGGAGUCUCGUUCUCCUUCUUUUUGGCUGUGCUAGCAGUCUGAUUGUAUCGUAACCAUCCGUCUUUGACCACCCAGCAGUUAUCCUGGCUCUCCAGAGCUUUUUAAGUGUUUUAUACCUCAUAAAGCAAUUCCACAUGGUCGUUACUGAGAACUACCGUAGACCAGCUUGAAACGGUUUGACGCAUUUCGCUUUGCACUGCGUUAAGAGGUUUGGAAAUGUGGGAUGCACUGCAUUUCUGUAAGUCAUUUUAGAUUAUUUAGAUUAAAGGAUAGACAGAGUCUGUAGCUGAUGGUCCAUAUAUGUCGUGUGCAUCAGAAUCACACAUCUGCAAACGUUUAAAUAGGGACCUAAAACUUGUGCAGCGUCUUGACUAUUGAAUAGUUGCACAUUUAUUAUUAUUAUUAUUAUUUUAUUUUUUUUACUUGUUUUAGAUUUCUGAAACUUUUUGCUCAUUUCCAGUUUUUAAAAAUAACAACAUUUCCAGUGUAGUCUCAGAAUUUUGGAACUUAUUGUAUGUUGAAAUAAAUUCGGGGUGAUUCUUAAAAUUUCAGCAUAAAUUCACAAAAUGCUGCCGAUUUUUUUUUUUUUUUUUUCAACCACCCUUUCUGUCCUCCGUUACCAGCCCCAUCUUGCUUUUUUUUUAAUUGUAUUUAUUUAUUCUUUUAAUAAAGGCAAGCAAUGACCCAGAUUAUCAGUACAUCCGGGACUAACAUUCAUCUACAAUUGUUGAACAAUAAUCGCUGAUGCAUGACUAAGUCAUUCGAGAAAUAUGAAACUUGUUACGUAUAUAUAUAUAUAUAUAUAUAUAUAUAUCGCUUUAAGGCGAAAAAACAGAUUUGAACAUGGUACUUGCAUAUGCUUUUAUUGUUCGACCUGAAAAACGAAUGAACGGAACUACCUGGAUUGCUCAGCGCCUCUUGAAGAGAUUCGAACUGUUACCGUGUGUAUUAUUUGUGAAUGAGUGCGGUUUAAAAAAACAAAACAAAAAAGAAACAUGUGCACAUAUUGAAAACUGAAUGGAAAGCUGUAUUAAAAGUAUUUUAAUAUCUAGAAUUGUAUCUACAAUGGUUACGGUGAAUGUUGGAUUAGUUACUGCUGUAUGAAGUAACGCACUACUGAAAUAAUGAAGUGGUACAAUGCACUCGAUAUUUACUGCAUCAACACUAUUGCUUUAAAUUAUUUACUAGGUACACGAGGAAUAAGACCUCAGUAGAUCUCUACUUAUUUACUAUUUCUAUUAAUAAUACUAUUUGUACAUUUGUAUUUUCUUAUGCUUGAUUUGUAUUUUUGUUUAUUUAAAAAAAAAAAAAAAUCUAAUCUUGUUUUUUUUUUUUUUUUUUUUUUUUGGUCACAUUUUUAGUGACAGCGAGUCACCCUGUACAGACUCGUAGAUUUGUAUCCAAGCACAUUUUCUUUUUUUUUUCUUUUUUUUUGGUAAUAUUAUUCUACUGCACGUUAGACAGGAAAUCGAUAUCUCUGAGACAUAACACGGGGAUCUGGAUUAAAAUACUGAACGUGUUCUCCUGUGGACAGUGAUAAAAGUGGAUGAUGUAAGGCUAGUGAAAGUGAUGCAUCCAGUAAAUGUGUAUAAAAUGUAUUUAAAAAUGUUUUAUCUGCUGAAAUGGAUUAUUUCAAAUGGGCUAAUUUGACACUGUGCUGAAUAUACAUGUAUUCUUCUGUUUACACGCGCUGUAUAGGUCAGACUAAAUAAACUGAUUUCGGUUUGUUGUA